AUGCGAAAUUUCCUGCGGCAAAUGGUGAACAACCUCAGCAGGAAUGACAGUGAUGAAUAUAAUUUUGAAAUCAGUGACGGCAUAAAUAUCAUAGAGAAUCGCGCUCUACGACUGACCAUUCAAGCUCCUGUGUCCUCUGUCCGGCUGGCCUCUGAGUGUCUGUCCCAGGGAGAGAAGAGGGUCUCCUGCUCCUCUGGGGGAGGGGACAGUCCUCAGUACAGCUGGACUCUGGAUGGACGCUCACUGACAGACACUGAGCUCCUCUCUGUAAAUACUGAGACUAACAGCAUCACUCUGAGACAACACGUCUCAGGAGCAGUGGCCUGCUCAGUCAAGAAUAACGUCAGUAGCAACGAUAAAGAGGAGAUCUCUAACUGUGUAUUCAUUAACUGCUCCUCAAAUGGGACACAGAUAUCACAGUGGGUGUUUGCAGCCAACAAUACGCUGUGCAUUGAACCAACAACAACACCUCCUACCACCACCAUCCCAGCAUCCUCCACUGUGGGUAAGGAGAGUACAGUGUCAAUUAACCCCCGCACUAACAUCACAUCCUGGAAUCAAACUGUGACCUCCCUCUCUGGAGAUGAGCCAUGGUACAUUAAAACAAGAAACUGGCAAAUAAUGGGCGGUGUUCUCUCUGCACUGGUUCUUCUGUUGGUGGUCGGGGUGGCUGUCGUCUGUGCUCAGAGAAAAAAACCAAGCAACCAGCCUACAGAUGAAGAUGAACAGGAGUUGACCUAUGCUGUUGUCAAGAUCAAGCAGCGGUCGGGGCGGCAGGUCCAGCAGAGGGCCGAGCCGGAGGUGGAGUACGGCCAGGUCAAGUUCUCAGAGCGACCUCGGCCGACUGCUGAUCCCGCAGGAGAGGAAUGUGUGUACGCCAAGGUGCGAAGAGGCAGGUGAUUCCCAGAGUUCAGUCAUUUGACAAAGACUGCACCGUUAAAGGCAGGUGAAGGGUCUCUUUGUCCAGAUCCUCCUCGUCCUGUCAUCAGAACGGCAACAGGGUCACAGCAGAGCACAGUUACACUUUUUAAUGCACUUUGACUCUGUAAAUCUAUUUGCUCCCUAUCGCUUCAUAUCAUUGAUUUCUGUUUCUAUUGUAUUAAAAUAAAGAUCCUGCAAUAAUAAUACUUUUAAUAUUAAUAAUGAUAUUCCUUUAUUUCUUCAGAAUAAAUAAAUUAUACACCUAAUGAGGACAAGAUACAGGUCAACAUUUUGCUGUGAUGUGUUUCUCUUGUACAGUCUAGUAGGGACCUCCGCCAGAAGCCUGUUUAAAGUUGAAAUACAUUAAUAGGAUGCGGGUUCUUUUAAUGUAAAUACAAUUUUUAUUUUCAUUCAUAGAUAUUAUUAUUAUUGUUAUGCUUUUGUGGUUUAUUUAAAAUUCCUUGUUUGAUUUCAAAAGCAUUUUAAUUGUUGUUUUAGAUAACAUUACAAUCAUCUUUGCGUUAUGUUUAUGCUUGUUUCUAAUUCAUGAGGAUGUUCACUUUUUUAAUACAUUGUUGAGCCACUGUAAAUUUAAAAUAAUGCUAAUAUAAUUUUGCCUUUACAAUGCACUUAGUUAACCCUGCAAUAAGUGGCAGAAAAGCACACUGCUCUGAAUAACCACUUCCUCAUUUGCACAAAUGAUGGCAAUGACUGCUCAUUUUUGCUGAAAAACUGUCUUUCUCGAAGGAAGAAAGAACAUUUGUCAUCAAUAAAUAAUUACAUUACAUCUUA